AUGGCUGAUGACAGGAAAGGAGAAGAAGAAGAAGAAGAAGAGGAGAAGGAGCAGGAAGUGACCUGUCAGUCCCAACCCACCCCUCCCUCCUCUGUUGCUGUGGAGACAAUGAUGUCACUGCGACGGCAGGACCUGUUGUGCAUUGUGUGUUUCGGCAGUUACGACUUGAUGACACGGUUACCUCGGCGACUGCACUGUGGCCACGCCUUCUGCCAGGCGUGUCUGAAGAGACUGGACACUGUUAUCAACGAACAGGUGUGGAUCCCGUGUCCUCAGUGUCGGCAGAACACGCCACGGCCCCGUGGAGGUGCGGCGGGUCUGGACCUGGACCUGGCGUCCUUCUUGGGAGUGAAGGCCCAGCAGACCUGCGUCUCCUCCUGCUCCUCGUCCUCCUGGAGUGGCGGGCAGGCACUGCCGGCUGGGAACGGGAAGCCAUGGCUGGGGAAGGAGGUGGCCGAGGACGGCUGGUCACAUGGAGGACUGGCCGAGCCACGCUUCCAUCGCUACGGCAACUGCUGCCCGCUGCCGUCCUGUUGGCUAUGCUGCUUGUUCUGCUGCCCUGGGCGGGGCUAA